AUGUCCACCAAUCCGAUAAUCAAGAUUGGCAUAAUCGGCUGUGGGCAGGUCACCCAGGUCGCCCACAUCAGCAAUUUGGGAUUUCUAUCGGAUUAUUUCACCAUUACUUAUCUUUGCGACGUGUCUCCAGCCUCGCUCGCACACAGUGCUCAAAAAGUCAUCAAUCACAUUCCUCAGACCACACAGAGACCGAGUGAACUCUGUGCUUCACCGGACGUGGAUCUAGUCUUCAUCGCAAGCUCAGACGAGUACCACGCGAUUCACGUCAUCGAGGCACUGAAACAUGACAAGAACGUCUUCGUCGAGAAGCCUAUGGCGCUAUGCGAGCGAGAUGCAGAUGCUAUCAUUACCGCCGAGCAGAAGUCGAAAGGUAGAGUUAUGGUCGGCUACAUGCGAAGGUAUGCCGCAGCGUUUGCGGAAUUACUACAGGAGGUCGGAGGGAUGGACAAGGUUCUCUAUGCUCGGGUGAGAGACAUCAUAGGACCAAAUAUCCAUUUCGUGUCACAGUCUGGCACAUUCCCCAAGGUAUUCACCGACUUCAGCCCUGAAGCGGUCGACGACCAGAAAGCAAGACAUGAUGAUAUCAUCAACCAAGCACUUACAGUAGACUGUGGUGUCCCCGUAACACCAGAGGCCACGAAGAUGUGGCGGCUGCUCGGAGGCUUGGGAUCUCACGACUUAUCAGCCAUGAGGGAGGUGCUUGGCAUGCCCCAGGGCAUCGUUGGUGCUUCGUUGGGCCACCCAUUCUGGAAUGUUAUGUUUCAAUAUCCUGGGUUCUCUGUUACUUAUGAGUCUGGCAUUGACGAUAUACCCCGGUUUGACGCUCACAUCGAGGUAUAUAGCAUGAAAAAAUCUGUUAGGGUUGUCUAUGAUACGCCCUACAUCAAAGGGCUACCUGUCACCCUCUUAGUCCGUGAAAAUGAGGAUGGUACUUACAAAGAGUCAGUCGUGCGGAAAACGUACGAAGACCCAUAUACCUUGGAAAUGAAGGAACUCUACGACAUGGUGGCUAACGGGAAAUCGGUGAAAACGACAGCCAAGGAUGCAAAGGAGGACCUGAAGAUAUUUCAGAUGAUUAUGAAAGCAGGAUUCCAUUGA